UACACAAACUCACAGACGGCCGAUUGCAGCAGGAAGUCAGCGCCUCUUUACAGUCUGCCUUUCGCAAUCUCAUUCAGAGUUCAAGGGUUUUGCAAUGUUUUAAAUAUACACUUCCAGAAUGGCAGCUGCUCGCUCGCCUGUCUGUCACACGGGCUUGUGUGUCUCCCUUUCCCUGCUGUGUGUUCAGCUCGCCGGCUCCCAGCUUAACCAGAGGCCGAUCAUUGGUAUUCUGGCUGAGAAAACAUAUGGUCAUUUUGAGAGAUUUGGUGACAGCUACAUUGCAGCAUCAUAUGUUAAAUAUUUGGAAUCUGCCGGGGCUCGAGUUGUGCCCAUAGGUAUUAACCUAACAGAAGAUCAGUGCCAGAAACUCUUUUACUCCAUCAACGGACUACUUCUCCCAGGUGGUGGAGCAAACCUUCUUCAGUCUCCAUAUGCCAGGAAUGCUGCCUUCUUUUAUAAACUCGCACUUCAGGCCAACGAUCGUGGGACUUACUUCCCAGUGUGGGGAACCUGCCUUGGAUUUGAGGAGCUGACUGUCCUUACAAGUGAAAAAAAUCUUCUUGCUACUACAAACACAUCAAAUGUUCCUCUUCCUUUGAAUUUCACCAAAGGUGCUAUGGACAGUCGGAUGUUUAAGAAUUUUCCAGUGGAUCUAAUGAAGGCAUUGGCUGUAGAACCUUUAACUGCAAAUUUCCACCACAACAGCCUCUCUGUGAAGAAUUUUACGAACAAUGCAGAAUUAAGAAACUUCUACAACAUCUUGUCAACUAAUGUGGACAGCAACGGCAUAGAAUUUGUAUCCACUAUGGAAGGAAAAAGCUACCCUGUUUAUGGAGUUCAGUGGCAUCCUGAGAAAAAUCUUUUUGAGUGGAGCAGAAAGAAGAUCCCACAUACUCCUCAUGCUGUUGAAGUUGGAUGGUACAUGGCUAACUUUUUUGUUAAUGAAGCUCGCAAGAAUUGGCAUCAUUUUUCUGAUGAAGCAGAAGAAGAAAAUGCGUUGAUUUACAACUAUGUACCAGUUUACACAGGGAACAUUUCUGGCUUCCAGCAAAUUUAUAUAAUCUAAGAAUUGCCUGCCUUUUCCAGUGAAGCACCAAAAGUGAAGUGGCUAAUGCUGGACAUCACUUUUCACAAGGAUACUAUGAUUGACAGUGCAACGGCUUUUUCAACCUAAUAAGGAAAAGUUACAAAACAAUCAUUUUCUCCAAUGAAAAUUGAAUGUAAUUAUAUUGUUGACUACUAAAGAAAUCAACAGCUUUGUAUUAAUUCUCAAUAAAGUAUUUUUAAAACAGGC